AUGUCUGACGAAGCAACAAAAGGCCGAAAAGAUUCUACAGGAGCAAAUACAGAUGAACGUCGAGGUUCUAUCUCGAAUUUACGUUCAUCGGUAUCAAUCUCAAUGGAUAAUAGUCAAUCAAGAAAAAUGUCAACAACUGAUGUUGAUCUUGAAUCUGUUCUUCAAGUUCGUCGACGUCGAUUAUCUGUAACAGCUCCUCAAGCAUCCCAAGAUUCUCAUCGUUAUACCGAUGUAAUCAUUUUAAAAGUUGAAAAAUCGACCGAUAUACUUAAAGAAGAUGCACGAUGUGUAUUUCAUGGUGAUUAUCAUAUCUUAACGGAUAUAUUUCAAAAAUAUACAUCACAUAUUAAAAUACAUCAUGAAGAUCCUGAAUCAAUUAAAAAUCAUGAUCGUUUAUCGGGAAAAAUUUAUACAACAAUUGAAUUACCAACAAUGUCAUUAAUUGAAGUUUUAGAAAUUUUACAUAAACAUUAUUUUUCAAUUGUGGCUAAUUCAACAAAUUUUGGUGCAACAACAAAAUUACAAGAAUUUAUUUUAUUACGUAACAAAGAUUCGCAAGAUAUGUCUCGUGCUUUACCAACAAUUGACACAAAAGCUCAUUAA